AUGGCAACCUUGAUGAUGAUAAACGGAUGGCGACUACGAUUCUCAGCAUUUGCUGAUAACACGACCUAUUGUCCCGAUACUUUCGAAGAGUUCUUCAAACAAAGACGACGAUGGAUUUUAUCAGAUAUUGCAAAUGCUCUUUUGGUGGUCCAGAACAUGCUAUCUCUGAUCCGAAACAACGACUGCUUCACCUUUGUAUACGUUUCAUACCUUUUAAAUAUGUUCAUCAAUAACGUAAUUACUCCCGGAACGGCUAUCGUGAUGAUCACAGCUGGUUUAGAACUGGUAUUUGACGUACCCUAUAUUACUACUACAGCUCCUAUGGCCGGGAUUGUCCUGAUGUACGCAAUAGUGUGUAUAAAAUGUAGCGCCAAGACUCAGACACGUCUAACGUCUGCUUUAACUGUCCUAAUGGGAGGAGUGUUUGUAUCGGUGGCUGUCUGGGGUUCCUAUAAGAUUGUAGCCUCCAUGAUACAUGAGGUUUUGGUUGGCCACUUCCGAUUUCAACAGCAUUACGUCAUAUUAAUGUUGACAGCCAGUUUGAUAUAUGCAGCUCUCGUACAUCCUCGUGAGAGUUACCAGGUGCAAGUGGCAAAAGUGCCGAAGUUUGCCUGUUUAACUGGUUUUAAGAAAAGAAGAUGGAGAAAGAAGAAAGACAGGCAGAACAGCAAUAAAGAAACACAUGAAGGUAUCCAUGAAGCUGUGAAAGGGAACACUCGAGAUAUCACAGACGGAAGUGAAGAAGAUCGAACGGAAGAAAUGUUCUGGAAUGAUUUACGGGAACGCUUACUCGGUAAUGAUACGAAUAUUGGCUUACAAAAAACCGAACUUGCAGAACGCUUACGGACUUUACGGAACCGAAGUUUAUCGGGUGUGCUGAUAGUCAACGCCUUGUGGUUAUCGCUGCUCUCGUUCUUCUACAUGGGAGUUGAUUCUCCAUUGUCCAGACUCAAUGUGUACGGUGUAAUCAGUGGGGCCCUGUAUGGGUUUACUCUGAUUAUACAAGUAUUUGGUCUGACUGUAUGCAGGGUAGACUAUUUAUUACAGUGGUUUGCUAGAUAUAUGUAUGGCGAUGAAAGGCAAAUGUGGGUUAGUGCAAGGAAGAAAAAGAAUUGA